UUUUUCUUUCAAAACCUCCUAAACAAUAUAAUCCUCAACAAAUUAUUUGGAUCAAAGAUAGUGGUGAAGAACUUUGGUCACUAAGUCUAGAUUAUACAUUAAAUAAUGAAGAAUUUAUGAGAUUAUCGAAUUUUUAUCAAGCAAAUUUAAAUAAACCUAUUGAAGAA